ACUGUCUCAGUAUAAAAGUCAGUGCUCUGAUGAUUCUCUUCCUUCUUUCCAGACACGCAGAGCCAACAGAUCAAGCUCCGUCAUGGUGCACAGAGUAGCAGUGAUCGGGGCAGGGCCCUGUGGUCUGACCAGCAUGAAGGCUUGUCUGGAUGAGGGCAUGGUGCCAACCUGCUUUGAAAGCAGCGAUGACAUGGGCGGACUGUGGAAGUUCAAGGAAGUGUCAGAGCCAAACAGGGCCAGUAUCUACCGAUCCCUAACCAUCAACAUCUGGAAGGAGAUGAUGUGCUACAGUGACUUCCCCAUCCCUGCUGAUUACCCCAACUACAUGCAUCACUCUAAAAUCCUGACAUACUUCAGGAUGUAUGCAGAACACUUCAAACUGCUGCAAUACAUUCGCUUCCAGACCUCGGUGAAGAGUGUCAGACAGAGGCCAGACUUUUCUCGUACUGGUCAGUGGGAAGUGGUGACUGAGAGAAGAGAUGGACAGGAGGAGAGGCAUGUCUUUGAUGCAAUAAUCUGCUGCUCUGGUCACUUCAAUUACCCCAACCUGCCACUCAAAGACUUCCCCGGAUUUGAGACAUUUGAAGGAAAACACUUCCACAGCUGGGACUACAAGGGGCCUGAAGACAUGUACGGGAAGAGAGUGGUGGUCAUCGGCAUCGGUAACUCAGGAGGUGACAUCGCUGUGGAGGGCAGCAGAGUUGCAGAGCAGGUGUACCUGAGCACUCGUAGCGGUGCCUGGGUCAUUCGUCAGGUUUCUGACAACGGCCUGCCAGUGGACAGGUUCAACACACGCUUUGUUCACAUCCUGUUCAAACUGCUGCCAAUGCGUUUUCUCAACUGGCUUGGUGAGAAAAAACUUAACUCCAUGUAUGAUCACACCAUGUAUGGCCUCAAACCCAAACACAGGCUCUUCAGUCAGAUCCCAGUGAUCAAUGAUGACCUGCCUUUCAAGAUUCUGUCUGGGUCGGUCAUUGUCAAACCAAACAUCAAGGAGAUCCGUGGAUCUACAGUGGUGUUUGAUGAUGGCAGCAUUGCUGAAAAUGUGGAUACAAUUGUGUUCGCCACAGGAUACAACUAUGAUUUUCCUUACUUGCCGAGUGAAGCUAUGUACAAGUCUGGGCAUCGUGUGGGUCUGUACAAACACGUUUUUCCUCCCAACUUGGAGCAUCCCACUCUGGCUAUUGUGGGUUUUAUCCAUUCUGAUGGUGCCAUUAUGCCUCAGGCUGAAAUGCAGGCCCGCUGGGUCACACGUGUCUUCAAAGGAUAUAAAAAGCUGCCGUCAAACAAGGCCAUGAUAAAGGCUGUUGAAAAAGACACCAAGGAGAUUGACAAAAACUAUGUUGUGUCAAAGUUGACACCCCUGCAGGUGGACUUUGUUGCCUACAUGGACGACUUAGCUGGGGAUAUUGGAGUCCGGCCAAGUCUCUUCUGGCUCUUCUUCACAGACUAUCCAUUGUUUAAGAGGAUUCUGUGGGGACCUGUCACAGCCUACCAGUACCGCUUGAUGGGACCAGGGAAAUGGGAGGGAGCCCGCAGGGCAAUCUUCACCCAGUUUGACCGCAUGUACCAGCCCCUAAAAACCAGACAGCUGGAUGCACAACAGGUUUCGAUUAUUGGUCGUCUGAUUAAGCUGAGCUUAACCGUCAUGGCUGGAGGAGCUGCCAUCUACUACGUCCAUGUUCGCAACCCAACCACCAUCCUCACCCUGCUGUCCAAGCUCCGUCCACAAACAGUCUAAACAUGCUGCACAAGCUGAACCAGGUGUCCAAUGUCUCAUCUGUCCAUAUUUACUGUUUCUAGAUAAUUUGGGAAAUAUCACGUCAUGAGGCAGGAGCUAUCAACAGAGAUCUGUCACUUUAUUUUUCUUUGAGUCAAAACAAGUUGUUGUGAUUAUGGAGAAGAUUAUGAUAUAACACUUUUCAGUGACACCUUAACAAUCAUCUUCAUAAUUAUAUGUCACUGCUCAAGAAGUGAUGCCAUAUUUGCUACUGUUGUGUAGCACUCCUUAUCCACCUUGUGAUGACCCAUUUUACAAUAACAUACUGCACUGGUAACACUUCCUCCAGCUUGACUUGUUUUUAGUGAAGCAUCAUGAAAUACCUGCUCAUACAGAAUUGUUUAUGUUGUAUACUGUCUGAUCACGUUACAGCACUGUAACCAGAUUUACAGUAAUGUACUGGGAACAUUGUCGCCAUUAAGAUAUUGUGAUGAACCUUUCCUUACCUAUGUUUUUUCUCUGUCUGAAGUGAUACGGUACUGAAGGUUAUAUUAAAAACAAUACAAUACUCACACAA